GUGAUCUCGUAUGCUAAACAUUUGUUGUUAUAUUCUUAUUCAAAUGUUGAAGUAUCCACGUGAUCGACGCGUGGACGCGUUCUGGUUUACUGACGCGUGACGCCACCACUUUAACUUCGAGCUCAAGACCUCCACACUGCAGCCUACCACUUCUCCUCACCAUCGGGUGCCUGACAGGAGCCUAGCAUUGUAUCAUCGACUUGUCCUUUCUAAUUGUUGCUUGUAUACCAAUUGCAUACCGCUUUGCUUGGGGUUUUCCCUUUUGCGCGUACAACUAGCAUUGACGCGCUUUGCAGUUUUGCGCCUGCACGAUCGCAUUGAGUAUCAUCACCACGCUUAGACCGCAACCUAUACUAUUGUGCCAAAAUGGCGAAAGCAAAGAAAGCGGAGGUUAGCGACUAUGAGCGCAAAAGGCAAGAGAACAUCGCGAAAACGCAGGCGCUGCUGCGCAAUCUCGAGAUGGAGGCAGCGCAAGCCGGUCUAGGGCCCACAUCGAAAGCAGCAUCAUCCUCAAAACCCAAACCGAAGAAAGCUGCCCCAGCGAAGAGGGUCAAGGUCGAGGACGUAACCCCACGACGGACAUCCUCACGUCUCAAAGGCAUCGAGGCCGACAGCGAGAAAGCGAAGCGCAAGGCGGAGGAAGAGUACGUCGCAACCAAGGAGGCUGAUCGUGCAAAGAGGCAACGUAUCAGCGAUGCAUUCAACUUUGGCGACAUCACCGUUGUGGGCAAGACAUGGGAUCAGAGUGGGAACUUCUUGCGCAUCGUUGGCCCUGCAAACCCGUACGAACGCACCUUUGACUUCGACGACGCGAACGACAUCACAGACAAGGAUGUGAAGGUACUGCGGGAGAAGAUGAGUGGGCUUCAGCUCUGGGAGGACUUUGAGCCAAACGAGAUCAAGAUCACACCAGAGCGCAUCUACGCCAUGGGCCUGCACCCUACCGAAGAAAAGCCUCUCGUUUUCGCUGGCGACAAGCUGGGGAACCUCGGAAUCUGCGAUGCCUCUCAAAAAGCUGCAGAAGUCAAAGUCGAAGACGAUGAAGACGCCGACACAGAAGGGCCUACGAUCACAACCCUUAAACCGCACACACGAACAAUACACACCUUUCAAUUUAGCCCACACGAUUCCAACGCCCUGUACUCCGCGUCGUACGACUCCUCAAUACGGAAACUCGACCUCGCAAAAGGCGUCGCAGUCGAAGUGUACGGGCCCCAAGACCCCAAUGAAGACCAGCCACUCUCCGGGCUCGAGAUCUCGAAAGAUGACGCAAACAUGCUGUACUUCUCGACCCUGGACGGCCGCUUCGGCAUGUACGAUAUGCGCACCGAAGUGAUGGACACUCAAAUCUUUCAGCUGUCGGACAAGAAGAUCGGUGGGUUUAGUCUGCAUCCGCAGCACCCGCAUCUCGUGGCCACUGCGUCGCUGGACCGGACGCUGAAACUUUGGGAUCUGCGCAAGAUAACUGGUUCAGGUGAUGAGCGAGGACCGGCGCUUGUAGGCGAGCACGAGAGUCGAUUGAGUGUAAGCCAUGCGGCGUGGAAUUCUGUGGGACAGGUUGCGACCGCGAGUUAUGAUGAUACGGUGAAAAUUUACGAUUUCGGGGAUUGUAAGGACUGGAAGCCUGGGCAUGAAUUGACGGAGCAAGAAAUGAAGCCCAAGGUCAUCGUUCCACACAACAACCAGACUGGGCGAUGGGUAACAAUAUUACGAGCCCAAUGGCAGCAAUUCCCUCAAGACAACAUACAACGUUUCUGCAUUGGCAACAUGAACCGCUUCGUCGACAUCUAUACUGGAAAGGGCCAGCAGCUAGCGCAAUUAGGUGGUGAUGGCAUCACUGCGGUGCCAUCAGUGGCGAAGUUCCAUCCUACAUUGGACUGGGUCGCUGCUGGAACUGCGUCUGGCAAACUAUGCUUGUGGAUGUGAGGAAUUGUUAUGCGCAGGGCCUUGUUAGAUACGAUGGAUCUGUUGGCGUAGCGUUGGCGAACCUGGAUGUAAUCAUGCACGUUUGUUGAAGUUGCAUGUGUGCAUUAAUCUCAGUCUUCCCUGUGAAAGAUUGAGAACCUCCAUACGCACGCGCGGCAAACCAUAGGCUGCCGUACUCAC